CGCCUUGCACGUGAUUUAGGAAUUAAUUGAGUAAGUGUUUUACUAUGACUAAGAAGAUAAUAUGUUUGUUCGAUGUCGAUGGCACACUUACAAAUCCUAGACAGGCAAUUAAGCCAACUGUGGAGAAAUUCCUUUUGGAAACUGUUCAGAAGGAAUUUGAUAUAGCUGUAGUUGGAGGAUCAGAUAUAGAGAAGAUUAAGGAACAGUUGGGUGGUGGGAGCAUAUUUAAAAAAUACAAAUAUGUUUUUGCAGAAAAUGGACUUAUUGCUUUCAAAGAUGGUAAACAGUUACCCACAGAAACAAUUCAAAGUAUUGUUGGUGAAGAGGCACUGCAAGAUUUAAUCAAUUUUUGCUUAAAGUAUAUAUCAGAAUUGCAUUUACCUUUUAAACGAGGAACUUUUAUAGAAUUUAGGACUGGAAUGCUUAAUGUAUCACCAGUUGGUCGUAAUUGUACUACAAAAGAGCGUAUCCAGUAUUAUGAAUAUGAUGUUGAACAUCAAAUUCGACAAAAAUUUAUUCAAGCUAUUAAAAAAGAAUUUCCAGAUCUUGCUUUAACAUAUAGUAUUGGAGGUCAAAUAUCUUUUGAUGUCUUUCCUCUUGGUUGGGACAAAACAUACUGCCUUAGACACAUCCAAGGAUAUCAUGAAAUACAUUUUUUUGGUGAUAAAACAGCAGAAGGUGGUAAUGAUUAUGAAAUUUAUGAAAGUGAUUUAACUGUUGGACAUCGCGUGACUUGCCCAGAAGAUACAAUUAAUCAACUUAAUAUUCUUAUGGCACUUUCGAAAGAAAAACAGGAACGAGAACAAUUACAUUUCAAAGUAGAAUGUGUUAUAUUAAUAUAA